AUGCUGCGAAAAGCUUUAAACAUCCACUGGAGCAGCCACAUACCAAACCAACAACUGUACGGAGAUCUACCAGCAGUCAGCAACAAAAUCGCCUCUCGUAGGCUACAACUUGCGGGACACUGUUAUCGCCAUCCAGAGCUAAGUACCCAGAAAUUAGUCCCAUGGGAGCCCACACAUGGCCAUCACGGGAGAGGAAGACCGAAUACUACCUAUAUUGACACUCUUAAGAGGGAUACUGGUGCAUUUGAAGCAAGUGAGAUUGCGGCACUGAUGGCUGAUAAGAGGCUGUGGAAAGAUCUAGUGGUUGCCCGCCUUCGGGCGACCAAGUGA